AUGGACGGCAUCAUGACGAGCAGCCCUGGUGCCUCCUCCCACGCCUCAGCUUCAGCCUCCACGACGACGACGACAGGCAGCAGCAGCAGCAGCAGCGGCACGGGUCUCACGACCUCGCACGACAAGGCUAGUUCGAGCGGUGGCACAAAGUCGUCCAAGCCGGUCAGGACACCUCGCGUCAGCAGAGCAUGUCAGUCCACACCUCGUGGGAUAGAUUGUGGCAUUCUUGCCCCGUGACGUUACACGACAUCAUGGCACUGACCCGCUUCCACUCUCCCCUCCCCCACGUUCGCCGACGCGCCGGGCCUAAUCAAACCCCUCCUCUCCUCUCGACACCGGCAAAUCCCCGGGUCGUCGUCAUCCAGGCGAUGCAUGCCGCAAGAAGAAGUUGCGCUGCGACGGAGUAGCCAAAAUUGGCGAUUCAUGCGCGUCCUGCAUUCAGAAUGGCACCUUGUGCGAGUUCAGUGUCAGUAGACCUGACCCUUGUCUUUGUCGGAAACCUAAUUUGGGCGAGCCUUCCUAGGGGCUAACCGACCCCAAGCAUUGUGCCUCCAGGAUCUUCUCGGUCGCAAAUCCCUUUCCAAGGGCCACAUCGAGUUGUUGGAACGCCGACUGACAGCGCUCGAGUCAGUCCCUGGCUCAGCUCGUGCCCACGGACCCUGGCCCCGCUUCCUCCAUCGGAGCUGACUCUGUCUUCGAAUCACACACACCCAGGGGGGUUUUACAUCUACUGGAACCGAGCGAGUAUUCGAACAGCUUCAUCCACCGUGAUGCUUCACCUUCCGCCUCGGGUAGAGCGACCGCCGGUCUGCCGCCAUCCGACUCGACAGCAGCCAAUGUGGUCGACACCUCAAUCGAGGCCAUCGCCGAUGGGCUGGACGAUAUCUCACUCGAUUCGGUCCGUAACCUUGCAUCUUGCCGGUUGCCGCAAUACGAGGUCAGGGCUGACGUUGGCGCGGGAUAAUUGACGAUCACAGGAUCGAUACAUAGGAAGAGGGAGCGGUUUCCAGCUCGCGCAGUCGAUCGAGUACAGUAAGACCCCCAUGGUUUCGUCGAUGGUCCGAUUCGAAGCCAGCUUCGGUAUCUGACUGUGUCUUGCAUCGAUCUGUCGCAGUGAGCGCAACGCCGGGUCCCACCUUGAUCGGUCGAGCGAAUCCGUCCCAUGUCGAGGUCCUGCUUCGGAGAAGUGAGUCUCCGACGGGUCCCCUAGCUGCUCCGGAAACAAGCAAAGCUAACGGACUAGAUCGUUUUGAAACCCCACAGAAGACAAACAGCGCAGCGUAGUGUACCCUCUGCCUCCGCCAGACCUAGCGCAGCGACUCAUCGACGCCUAUUUCCUCCACCACAACACCGUCCCCUGUCUGUUGCAUCGAGGCUACUUUGAGCGCAAGAUCCUCGACGGCUCUCUUGAUACACAACCUUCGUUCAGAAGUCUUUGUGAGUUCGGCCGUCACGAAGAUCGGCCAGCUGAGACUUUGAUGCUAAGAAUUGUCGAAUCUUCCAGACUUCAUGGUGUGCGCAUUAGGGGCACGGGUUGUCAUCGACCCCCGACUACCUGGGGUCACCUCUCCAUCUUACCCCGACGGUGCAGCUUAUGCUCGCGGUUACGAGUUUUACAAAGCCUCCGUAGGAUCGGCCCCAUCAACACUCGGCAGCGCAUCGCUCGAGGAUCUGCAAACCUCUGUCUUGACCUCGAUCUGGUACAUGGGCUCAACAUCCCCCAUCUCGGCCUGGGCGUGUGUUGGAUUCACGUUGCGGCGAGCGAUCGAUGUCGGGUGCCACCGCGAACGCCGGCGUUUGUGGAACCAACGUCCGAUGAUUGAUCAGUUGCGGAAACGAGCCUUUCACGAAUUGGUCGGCAUCGACCGUCUCGUCAGCACCGUACUCGGCAGACCACUCGCGAUCCACAAUGAAAACUUUGACGUCGAGCGACCGAUGGAUAUCAGUGACGCGGAUUUGGACCUCUGGGAGGCUAGUGGGAUCCCACCGAUUGGGAACGUACAUCCGCAACCUGCUGGCGGGGCACGGUGCUUGAUGGGUUUGUAUAGCAUCAUGGAUUAUGUUAGUUUGUUGAUCAAUGCGAGUGCACAGGAACCACGGGAUCAGAAGGCCGUACAGAUGGUUUCGAGGCUGGAUUCGAUGCUCAACGAAUGUGAGUUUCAGGUUCUUGAUCACUCCGAAUCGAUGUCUCACAGCUGACUGUGGAUCUCUCUUGCUUCUCACUCAGGGCUCGACACGGUGCCUGAUCACUUGCGCUGGGAUGCCGACCAACCGAACGAUGCAUGCCUGCUGCAGUCCGGCGCAAUCUGUAAGUCACUCUGCAGGCUCCUGGUCAUCUGCCAACUUCCUAAUAAUACCUGAUAUCACUCUCCGGUAUAGUCUGCUGGUAUUACUCAUGCCAGAUUAUCGUCCAUCGCGAGUUCAUCCCCUCAAAGCGCGCUCAAGCAUCCGAGUUUCCGAGUCUGGCGAUCGUCGCGAAUGCGGCUCGAUCGCUGGCCAAUGUCGCUGAUGCUCUGAGGCAGAGAGGCUUGCUGGAGAGUGUGUUCUGGUUUGCUCCGUUACAGGUCAGUGCGGGACCGCUUCGCGCUUGUUGGUCUUUGAAUUCUCGCCGAACUGACGCCAAUUUGUGUUCUGUACCCACACGCUGAAACUGCUCUUUAGGUCACGAACGCGUAAGCGCUGAUCUUGAGACAGCUGUUUCGAUGUAUGUACUGACGUCAAAAUUCGCAACCCUCUCAGCGCCCUCAUUCUCUUGAUCAACGUCUUUGGCUCCGCUACACCGACGCCCCUGACAUCGUCGGCCAUGCGCGACGUUAACCGAACUGUGAAUGUUCUCGAAGCUAUGAGCGACGGGUCAGUUUGCCUGUUGCGUACCGCUUCCGGGCAAGGGCUGAGACAAUAGGCGAUCACUCUUUCACAGCUGCUUCUUGUCCCAAAAAUGUACCAAGGGGGUCCGGAAGUUGUGCACGCUUGUCAUUCGCAUGGGAUCAAAGGUCGAGAAGGGAUCGAGCGGGCUUAAGCGAUCGAAUCCUUCCGACUUCGAUUCCGAGUCGCCGUCUUCGCACCACUCAGGCGCUCCUUCUCCUAAUACGGAUGAUGGCGACGCACCUUCCCGGCCCAAUCCCGCUGGCGGAGCCACACUGCCGAAGAAGAGUCGAGGGGAUAUCCCAUCUAGACCUGUGCUACCAACCAAGACAAGCGAAUUGAGUAUCCCCACGUUCAACGGCAGAAGAACGUUUGCUGGAACAAAGCCAGCGCCCGGUUCGACACCAAACUUGGCCUCCAUACCUUCCACUACAGCUCCUGCUCCUGCUUCGUCGAUGUGGCCCGACCCAGCGAUGGGUUUCGAUCUCGGCACUCUAGCGGGCUUUGGACUCCCCGAGCCCAACCAAGCGUUCCUCGCUUCCGCGAAUCAAAGGCCCGUCUUCCAAGCAUUGGGAGAUGUCGGAGGUAGUCCCAACAUCGGUACAACAACCGAUGCGGUCCCAACUUCAACGAUUGGCGUGGACCCCUCCUUCUGGCAGGGGGAGUUCGGUUCCGCGCUUCCGAACGUAGAAGUCGAAUCGCUUGCGCAGGCGCAUGCUUCGCUUCUCGCUAGCUUUGGAGGGGAGGCCUCGUCGUGGGAUACAUCGUUCCCCAUGUCGUGGAAUCUUUCUUCGGCGGGCGAAGCGGAUCCGACGGUUGGUAUGACGUCGACACCGGAUUGGUUCACUCAGGCGGGUGAGAAUGGGACGUGGCCGCCUUCGUAUACGUAG